GUAGGAUUCUGUGGCAAAAAAUGGAAUCACACUCUGCGAGUUACCCUUCACAUCCGCAGACACAAACUUCCAUUUCUCUCCUUAAACAACAGCAACAACAAUAUCAUCCAUAUCUGACAUCUAUCCCUAUACCCAAAUAUAGAGAAAGACAAAAACUUUCCGGGAAAUUCUAUUACUAGCUUGUAAGUUUUAAAUUUCCGAGAAAAUGCCUGAGCAAGAGGAAGAUAAGUCAAAGGGUAACCAACCUCCGGUUGUUGCCGGAGUUGGAGGAGGAGGAGUUGGGGGAGGAGUUAGAGGAGAGACUCUCAUGGACUUGGAUCUUGAUCUCGAGAGUUCUUGGCCGUUGGAUCAGAUCUCCUUUCUUUCUAAUCCUUUGUCUCCGCUGCUUCUCUCUUCCUCUGACCAGCCUUGCUCUCCUUUAUGGGCCUUCUCUGACACUGACGAUGAAAGACUGGUUGCUUCCGCCUCUUCCCACGCUACUGUUCCUCCUCUCCCCGCUGCAGCUGGCCUUCGCCUCUCUGAUUAUCCAAUUUUUGUUACAUGUAAUACCGCUUCAGUUAAUGAAAACCCUACAGAAAAUGAUGAUAAAAGGAAACUUCCUUCUCCUCUUUUGGGAUUGAUGCCCAUUGACAACCCAGAUGGAUAUUGUAUAAUCAAAGAGAGGAUGACACAGGCACUGCGAAACUUCAAAGACUCAACUGAACAACAUGUUCUGGCUCAGGUUUGGGCACCUGUAAAGAAUGGGGGUCGGUAUGUACUGACAACCUCAGGGCAACCCUUUGUAAUUGAUCCUCAUAGUAAUGGACUUCAUCAAUAUAGAAUGGUCUCUUUGAUGUAUAUGUUCUCAGUGGAUGGGGAAAGUGAUGGCGAACUUGGGCUUCCUGGCCGUGUUUUCCGGCUAAAGUUACCAGAAUGGAGUCCUAAUGUGCAGUAUUAUUCCACCAAAGAGUAUUCAAGGCGUGAUCAUGCUCUAUGUUACAAUGUUCAGGGAACGCUGGCCCUACCAGUUUUUGAACCUUCAGGACAGUACUGUGUUGGUGUCCUUGAGCUUAUAAUGACUUCACAGAAGAUUAACUAUGGACCUGAGGUUGAUAAAGUCUGCAAGGCGCUUGAGGCAGUUAAUUUGAAAAGUUCAGAAAUAUUGGAUCAUCCAGGUAUACAGAUUUGCAAUGAAGGGCGCAAAAAUGCACUAGCUGAGAUAUUGGAGAUAUUGACGGCGGUUUGUGAAACUCACAAGUUAGCUUUGGCUCAGACAUGGGUACCAUGCAUGCACCGCAGUGUUCUAGCCUAUGGUGGUGGUGUGAAGAAGAGUUGUACCAGCUUUGAUGGCAGUUGCAAUGGCCAAGUCUGCAUGUCCACAACUGAUGUGGCAUUCUAUGUUGUAGAUCCUCACAUGUGGGGUUUUCGGGAAGCCUGUCUUGAGCAUCACUUGCAGAAGGGUCAAGGUGUUGCUGGAAGGGCAUUUUCGUCACACAGUGCAUGCUUUUGCCAAGACAUUACCCAAUUCUGCAAGACUGAGUAUCCCUUAGUACACUAUGCACGCAUGUUUGAAUUGACUAGCUGUUUUGCAAUUUGCUUGCAUAGCAGUCAUACUGGAGAUGAUGAAUAUGUCCUAGAAUUUUUUUUGCCCUCUAGCAUCUCAGAUAUUUAUGAACAGAAGGCUUUAUUGGGCUCUAUGUUGGCAACAAUGAAGCAGCAUUUCCAGAGUCUUAAGGUUGCUUCUGGAAUGAACCUUGAAGAGGAGGAAGGAUUCAUCGAGAUUGUUCGAACAUCUAUGACUGGCAGACUUGAUUUGGGACUGGAGUGCAUUAGAAUACCCCAAUCUCCAAAAACUCCCCCUAAUACUAAUACAUUAUCAGAGGGGGGACAUAUGGCCCAGAUAGAUUCAAUAAGGCAUCAGUUAGUGGUGGACUUGGCUGUUGUAGAUAAUGGGGGCAAAUUUCCUACUACUCAUCCGGAUAAUAAAGUGAACAAAAGACCAUCAGAAAGGAAACGUGGAAAAACUGAGAAGUCAAUUAGCCUGGAGGUUCUACAACAAUAUUUUGCUGGGAGUCUUAAAGAUGCUGCAAAGAGCUUGGGAGUUUGCCCUACUACAAUGAAGCGCAUCUGCAGGCAGCAUGGAAUCUCCCGUUGGCCUUCUCGCAAAAUUAACAAGGUUAACCGAUCCCUCUCCAAGUUAAAGCGAGUAAUUGAAUCUGUCCAAGGUGCUGAAGGAGCGUUUGAUUUAACUCCCCUUGCCACAAGUCCGCUUCCUGUUGCAGUUGGUUCUAUUUCUUGGCCUUCCAAUCUGAAUGGGUGCAAUCAACGGAACUCACCCAUCUCUAAAUCUCCUGAACCUAAUGGUGAAAGGAAUGGAUCACCACUCUGCAAAACACCGGAAAGUAAUGUACAUGCUGGGGUUGACGGUCAAUUACUAGGAGGUGGAAUAUUGAGUCAUGAGGAACUGGUCCUGCAAAAUAGAUUUUCGCCUGAGCUAGGUCAGUGCUCGAACAGAUCGAAAGCAGGAAGUGGCUCAAGGGAAGAGAGUACUGGCACUCCAACUUCACAUGGUUCAUGCCAAGGAAGCCCAGCAAAUGACAGUGCACCUGUGAAGGAUUUGACUGGUUCUCCUGUCCAUGAACAAUGCAAUAAAGUUGGCUGCGCUUCUGAAUUGGCAUUUCAACCAAAAAGAGAGCUAAAUCUGUCAGCUGCUUACACAAUACCAGAUGCUCUUGUUGUAACAAAAGCUCAAGAACCAUUUGGGGAAAUGCUAAUUGAGGAUGCUGGAAGUUCAAAAGAUUUGAGAAACCUUUGUCCUGCAGUUGCAGAUGCUAUUUUAGAUGAGCGGGUUCCAGAAUCAAGUUGGGUUCCAGAAUCAGGUUGGGUAAACCAUCAGUGUCCAGAUUUAUCCAUGGCUGCUAUUGAACAUGCAAUGCCACAUGCAACAGCCAGGCAAGAAAUGAGGAGCAUAACCAUAAAGGCAACGUAUAAAGAAGAUAUAAUAAGGUUCCGGAUCUCUCUGAGCUCUGGGAUUGUGGAGUUGAAAGAAGAAGUGGCAAAGAGGCUGAAGUUGGAGGUGGGUACUUUUGACAUAAAGUACCUGGACGACGAUCAAGAAUGGGUUUUGAUAGCCUGCAAUGCAGACCUGCAGGAAUGUAUCGAUGUUUCAAGAUCGUCAGGCUGCAAUAUAAUCAGAUUGUCAGUUCAUGAUGUGAAUGCCCUUCUUGGAAGCUCCUGUGAGAGCACUGGGGAGUUAUGAUUAGGUUGUAAAUAGGGCAGGUUUAGAACACCAAUUUUUGGAGACAUAGGAUCCAGGAAAAAUGAAUCCAUAAAUUUUGGUCCCAAAAAACAAAUUGUUUCGAGUUGUAGCAAAUUUUCCAUGGAAUUGUAGAAAUCACAACUUCCCUAUGUUGUCAGAGUUUCUGGGGCAAGUUCUUUGCAGUCUAUAUAUAAGCAGUUUUAUUGUAAGCCUUUCAUGCAAAUGUAAAAGAAUUUGAUUUUUGUGCAAUAUUACAACAAUCCAUUGCUGAGACAGUAA